CCCCCAACCCCCCCAACCCCACUUUCCCCCCCCCCCCCUUUUUUCCCCCCCCCCCAAAUUCCCCCCCCAAGGCCCCCCCCCCCAAAAACCCCCCCCCCAUGGCCUCCCCCCCCCAAAACCCCCCCUUCCCCCCUUCCCCCCCCCCCCCCCCCCCCCCCCCCCCCCCCCCCCCCCCCCCAAAACCCCCCCCCUUUUCCCCCCCGGCCCCCCGGCAUCUCCCCCCCAAACCCCCCCCCCCGGCCCCCUCCCCCCCCCGGGCCCCCCCCUUGGCAUCUCCCAUGGCCCCCAACGGCAUCUCCCCCCCCAAACCCCCGGCAUCCCCCUUAGGGCCCCCCCCCCCCUCCCCCCCCCCCCCCCCCCCCCCUUCCUUUUUUCCCCCCCCCCCCCCCCCCCCCCCCAAACCCCAAAAACCCCCCCGGGGCCCCCCCUUCCCCCCCCCCCCUUUUUUUCCCCCCCCCCCUUCCCCCCCCCCUUCCCCCCCUCUCAAAGGCAUCUCCCCCACCCCCCCAAAACCCCCCCCCCCCCUUUCCCUUCCCAUCCCCUCUCCCCCCAACCCCCCCCCCCCCCCAAAACCCCCCCCCAAAAACCCCCCCCCCCCCCCCUUUUCCC